CUGCAGUUAUUCAGUUCAUAGGCCUUUCGCUCCGCUUUUAGCUUUCCUUCGCUCUCACAUCUCUUCUUUUCUCCUCUAUUUUCCCAACUAAUCCGAUUACCCCUCCCUUUCUCGGCUUCUCUCUUCGACUUUCCCGAUAAUUCACCGACAAAGCCAAACGGACCUCUUAUAGUUCUCUCUCGAAACAUCAAUUCCUCAAAUUCAAAUGCAUGUUAUCUGACCCGUGAAUAAUUAAGUGGAAAUCGAAGCAACUAUGGAGAACGGAAACUUAGAAAAUGGAAGUGUUAAGAAGGAAAUUACCGAUAACGGAAUUUGCUCUUCGGAGUCGGUUAAUGGAAGUUGCGAUGUUUGGAGUUGUAAAGACUCUGACUCUUCUUCUGCCGAUCAUCUCGUUAUCAUGGUCCACGGUAUUCUCGGAAGUGCAUCCGAUUGGAAGUUUGCAGCUGAGCAGUUUGUCAGAAUGCUUCCAGAUAAAGUAUUUGUUCAUUGUAGUGAGCGGAAUAUGUUUAGGCUGACUCUUGACGGUGUGGAUGUGAUGGGCGAGCGGUUGGCUGAGGAGGUCCUUGAAGUGAUUCAAAGAAAGCCCAAUUUACGAAAGAUUUCCUUCAUUGCACAUUCUGUGGGAGGAUUGGUGGCAAGAUAUGCAAUUGGGAGAUUGUAUAGACCGUCCCAAAAUGUAGGGGAUUCACCAAAUAGUAAACGUGAAGAGGACUCAAGGGCUACAAUUGGUGGGUUGGAAGCUAUGAACUUCAUCACUGUUGCUACGCCUCACCUUGGUUCAAGGGGAAAUAAGCAGGUACCUUUUCUUUUUGGUGUACCUGCUUUUGAGAAAGCUGCAGGCCUUGUUAUACAUUGGAUAUUUAAGAGAACAGGUCGGCAUCUUUUUCUCACUGAUGAUGAUGAGGGGACACCUCCAUUGCUUCAACGUAUGAUAGAAGACUAUGGUGAUUGUUUUUUCAUGUCUGCUUUGCGCACAUUCAGACGUCGUGUUGUCUAUUCAAAUGUGGGCUAUGACCAUAUUGUGGGCUGGAGAACAUCAUGUAUUAGGCGCAACAAUGAAUUGCCAAAAUGGGAGGAUUAUGUGAACGAAAAGUAUCCUCAUAUAGUAUAUGAAGAACACUGCAAGGCCUAUGAUGCUGAAGAAAGCGUUCUCAUCUCAACAGAAGAUAAUACUGAUAAACUUGAAGAGGAACUAGUGACAGGUCUAUCCCGAGUGUCGUGGGAAAAAGUAGAUGUUAGUUUUCAUACCUGCAGACAGAGGUUUGCUGCUCACAGUGUCAUUCAGGUUAAAGAUCAUACCAUGCAUAAAGAAGGUGCAGACGUCAUACAACACAUGAUUGAUCAUUUUCUUCUUUAGAAGCCAAUGACUUUUAGAAGUAAAACCUUCACCGCCAGAUGCAAGAUCUUAUCCAGUAAAGCUACAAUGGGUCCUGCGGUGAAAUCCUUCGGUUCUGGAUUACCAAGCUGUAUCGAAAACCGUGUUUGUCGCAGGCUGAAGCUUGUCUACUCCAACAAAAACUGUGACUGUGCCCAGAAUUAAGGGAAAUUUUGUUUAUUCAUCACUUGUUGUAAUUGACAUUUACCCGAUAACAUCAAUAAAUAAGAUUAAAUGCUAGUA